UUUAUGUUUUGGGAUAUGACGUCAUAAUCUCAAAUCUACCGCUACGUCAUCUACAGCUGGAGUCUCUAAAGUCACCUGAUGAUGGCCAAUUCUGAAGUACUGUCAGAGGUUGUCUUUCAACAGAGUGGGGUAUUCAUUCACACCACUCAUGGGGAAUCAGAAGAUGAUGUUUUACUUGAAGGAAGAGUACAACUUGUGAAAAAGGAUGGCACCCAUAUGCUCUUACAGAAGCGCGGGGAGUAUGUGGAAUGGGUCCCAAUCCGUGAGGGUGGUUUUAGUCUACCACAGCAGGACCAGGACUGGACCAUGGUCAACACGGUCACCUACCAGAAGGACCAUCAAUCAUCAGAUGACAACGUUGUUGUCAACCCUCCUACUGCUGGAGCCGCGGCCCCGCGAAGGAACAAGUACGCCAUGAGUUACUCUCUGUCGGACGUGAAGACGAUCCGACGCUCCAAGCAGAACCUCGGCUGGUCCUACCUUGUCUUCAUCUUGAAAGAUAACGUAGCGAUGCCACCGCUUCACUUCCACGACGGGGGCAGCGCUGCCUUUGUCCAUGUCAUUGAGAAAUAUGUCAUGCUCACAAAGUCACCGAAUGACUCUAGACUGUAUAUCGUCACUCCCAAUGACACGGAUGCUCUAUCUCGCUCCUUCAACGAGCUUCAAAUCCUAAGGGAGACAUCAUCGCAUGUAGUCUCACAAUUUAUGAAGGACCCUGUUUCGGCGACGAUGGGAGGGUUCUCCAAGGUAACCAACUUCUUCAAGGAUGCAAUCCUGUUGCCAAUCAACACCCAUCGACCUUCCGAUGAAUACGCUGACCUCAUGCCUGACCUGGAAGGACUUAGUGUGAAUCUGCAGGCCGAGCAGGGAUAUGGUCUUGUCUCACAGUCACAGAUCCGACUUGGAGAGAGACCCAAUGUUGAACGACUAAAUCCAAUGACAGAGGCAGAGUGGAUGCGAUUUCAGGACAAAGAAGGCAGGAUAAACAAAGUCGACGAAGUGCUACUCAGAAUAUUCAGAGGGGGCCUGGCACCAUCACUGCGGAAAGAGGUGUGGAAGUUUCUGCUGAGAUACUAUCCCUGGAACUCUACCAGAGCAGAGAGACAAGCCUUGAGGAGAAAGAAAGAAGAUGAGUACUUCUGCAUGAAAGCUCAAUGGAAGACAGUGACAGAGGAACAGGAGAGCAGGUUUUCCAUGCUCAGGGACAGGAAAAGCAUCAUCGAUAAAGAUGUCCUCCGAACAGACCGGAUUCAUCCCUACUUUGAAGGAGAGUCCAACCCUCAUCUUGAUACACUCUACUCAAUCCUCAUGACCUACUGCAUGUACAACUUUGACCUUGGGUAUGUGCAGGGUAUGAGCGACCUUCUGUCACCGAUGCUCAUCAUAAUGGAUGAUGAAGUAGAGGCCUUCUGGUGCUUGUGUGGCCUCAUGGAUGAUCUACAGCUGUGUAUGAACUUUGACAUGGAGCAGGAAGGAAUGAAACGCCAGCUCAUCCAGCUCAACUCACUGCUUCAGGUCAUUGAACCAAAGUUCUACAGCUACCUACAAUCGAAGGAGUCAAGCAACCUGUAUUUCUGUUUCCGCUGGUUACUCAUCCACUUCAAGAGAGAGUUCACCAUAGAUGAUAUCAUUAGGCUGUGGGAGGUGAUCUGGACCCAGCUCCCAUGUAAGAACUUCCACCUGCUGCUGUGUGUAGCCAUCCUGAACGGUGAGAAGGACAUCAUGGAGAGAGACGACUAUGACUUCAAUGAUAUUCUCAAGCACAUCAAUGAGCUUGCAAUGCAGAUCAGUGUUGAGGACAUAUUGAAGAAAGCAGAGGGGAUCCACCUACAACUUACAAAUUGCGACGAGCUUCCUUCCAUGAUGCGAGAGAUCAUCGGUCUCGAGGACCGGAAUCGCGGCGGCGGGGACGAAGGCCGAUCGGACUGCUCUGACAGCAGCAUUGAGGUGCUGGGAGAUGGUGACCCAAGCAUACAGUAGGUUAGCCAAACACCAAAGUGAAUAUAUGGGACAGAGUGUAAUGAAUUGAUGAUAAUCCUCAGUGAGUACCUUGUGAUAAAAGUUCUUAUCAGACAAGACAAAUAUUGAUUUUUCCAGGUAUGCUCAAAGAGGCCACUUGUAGCUAUCAGAUAAACGAUGUCGAUGCAUACAAAACAAUAUUGCCACAGCACAGUGUUAACGCACUCUACAGAUGUUGAUUUAGCAACAAAGUGCUAUUUGGGCAAUAUUUGAAAACUGCUAUCGAGACCUGAUUGUUUGUUCUGAUAAAGAAAUUCCUAUUUAUUCCUGAAUGUUGGAACAGCAGUAUAAGUUUCAAACUAAACUAUUUGGAUGAUAGUCCCAGAAUGCAUGCAUUGUUAUAUUUAAUCACAAGCAACAUGGAACCUUGUUGCCUAGCAGCAGUAGUUUCUUGGUCAAAACAGUAGACAGUUUGUACACUAUACAGUAUAAUAAGCACAAUAUAACAGAAUUAUUCAUACCCCUUGUAAAUGUGAUGUUUUUCGUGUUUUUCGUCACUCAAGAAGAAAAGUUGGACUGGUAGAAUUUAGGGCCUUUGUUGAAUACUAUUAGAUGUAACUUUAAAAUGUCACAUUAUCAAGAAACAUAGAUGGUGAGAGCAACCAGUGGCAUGAGCGGCCUGCCAUAGAUAAGCCUAACUUAAAGUCGAUCUUAGUCUUUGUGAAAACACUCCCCAGGUUGUAAUUUUUUGGCCAAAAUCAUGGGUCAGAAAUUAAUCAUUUUGUUUCAUAUUUGAAGUGAUAUUAAAGGGGCUGUAGCGUGACGAGACUACGUGUCUUUCCUGUGGCCUGACUACCGACACAGGGAGGCAGUAUUCACGCGCGUGCAACAUACGGGAAACCGAAGCAGUAGGAGUACUUCGGUCUGUUUCGCGAAGCGCGUGCUGACUGUUAUAGUCCAUUCAUUUACGUGCAGUUGUCCAAAAGAAGUCGUAGAUGGCGUUAACCAGUAUUUUCCAUGCUACACCCCCUUUUACUGUAUGUGUCGGAUGUAAAUAAACAUGUAACUGCUGAAAUAUGAAGGAAACAAACACAUAUUUACCAUCCAUAAUAUAUAUACCUACAAUAUAGACAAGUCUAUCAUGCCAGUAGAAAAAUAUUGAAAUGUACCUGUUCUUGUAUGGUAUGAAAGAAAGAUGAAUUAAUUUUUCCUUUUUUCAUCUAUGAUUACAGAGCUUAUUUAACAUUUUGUUAUUAAACAAGCUACAUAUAUUGAUUUACAUGGAAUGUACAUGUGUGGCCUGUUUCAUGAAAUACACUUUAAUUUUGGGUUUAUAUUAAGAUUUUCUUUUGUAUACUCUUUCAUGGAUUAUACAUUGUACAUAUCUCAUAAUAGAGAUUCUACAGUGUGUAUGAAUGUAUUGGUAUGACUAUAUAUUUUAGAGAUCAUCAGGACAGUAUAUAUAUUAAUGUAGGCAUUUCUCAAACAAUAAGAUACAUCAUUGAUCAUUGUAAAAACAAAUCUAUGUUUAAAAACAUAAAUUGGGAAUAUCAGAU